CGUUGUUUUUAAAAAAAAUAAAAAUAAAAAAAAUAAUAAAGGAUAAGUACCGGAUGGAUCGGCCCUCAACCCAAUCCAUCCAGACACUUCUCGCAUUCGUCUCUCUCUGUGUAUCGUUGCUGUGCGUUGCGCGUUGCUGCCAGGACUGCUCGCCGGCGCGUGCGUGUGUGCGUGCGCUGCUAGCUGCUACGCGCCGCCGCCGCGCCGCUACUGCUACUCGCUGUCCGCCGGCCCGCCGGCACCACCGCCUGCUCGCCGCCGUGCGUGCUGCUCGCCGACGCCCCUGCGCGCCGCUGCAGCGUGCGCUGCGCCGCCGCUGUCGCGCUGCGCCGCCGCCGUCGUGCCAUGCAUCACCGUGUGAGAGCCGCAAGAGCGAGCAAGCAAGCAGCCAGCAGCGCCGAGCGAAGAGCAGGAAGAAGGAAGAAAGAGAAAAGAAAAGAAAAGAGAAGAAAAAAAAAAGAAGAAGGAAGAAAGGAAAAAAAAAAAGAAAAAAAAAGGAAAAGUUGGAAAUUUCGGGAUUUCGUCGGAUUCGUCGUCAAUCUUUCGAAGGCGAUUUCUCGGUGGUACUAUUUCCGGACGUUCUUGAUCGAAUUUUCUUCAUCGUCGGUAAAGAAGUUUACUCGAUGAUUGAUUUAUGAAGUGCAGUAGGCACGAUAUGCCAUUCUGCAGUUGUGCAUUAGUGUUGUAUGCAAUGUUUUUUUUUAAGUCUCAAGCAUAUUCCGGAAGUUAUGUUGGUUAUGCUUGAAGCACGUCAUACAUAUAUGUCUCAUGCAUUGGAAGUUUGUCGUCGUCUUCUGGCCGCGACCGUACCGGUACAGUACCGUAUGUCACCCGAGGAGGGGUACGGUGCACACCCUUACGUUACCCGAGGAGGGGUAAGGGUGAGAAGAGCAUGUCAUGUGCAUGGUUAUGUCUUCUUGUGAAAUUCAAUGAAUUAUUCAUAUCAAAUCUUAUUUCCUUUAGUUAGCAUGUAUAUAGAUAUAUAUGCGGCUCUGAAGGCUUAUACCAACCGAAUGUUAAAAUGUUUAAUGUUAUCGUUGGACUUGCUUAGUCAUAACUGUUUCUCCUAGUGUUGGCGGUCUGUUUCAUUACUAGUUUCUAUUUAGAAUUGUUAACACAUUCAACUGUGGCUAAAUAGCUUUUUGUUAAAGUACCUUUCACUUGCUGAGAUUUUUGAAUCUC